AUGACAUGGGCAACAGCCCUCACUGCCACGGCGUACUACAUCGUCUACCCCCUCACCCUCCAAGCCAAUAUCCUGCUGGUCGUAUUGAAGACCGUCGCCGCUCCUUGGGUAUAUGUGGGACUCUAUAUGUUACAUAUCUUCAUUAUAUCACCCGUUCGCUUCCUGCUGAAGUUCGAGCCCCUAUACAUCUUCUUCAGCAUUGCUAGCGUUCUAGGAAUUUCCACGGGGAUAUUCCUGCAUUUCAUAUCUAGGUAUAUGCAGCAAGCACUUGGCAUCAGUUCUAAAACUGGUGGGAAGAAUAUUCAGGAUCUAAGCUACCACGGCAAGACUGAGAGGGCGGGUGACAGUUAUUUAAUCCACCCGAAUCUAAGCAUCAACGAUGGCAAGGAUGAUUUAAGAUCCAUGAGGGAAUGGGAUGCAGCGGAAGUUGAAGCCCAAAGUGGUAAUACGGAUACGUCUGGUUUGUAUUCGAAGACGAGGAUGGGAGGUAUGCUGCGUAUACCCGCGAUGAAGCAAGAGUGGGUGGAUAUCUACCCAGCAAAUGUAUUGGGGUCUGGAAAGUGGAAGGGGAAGGCUAUGAAUGGGAAUGGAGGAGAUGAACUUGCGAUAAAUCCCGAGGGAAGGAGAGAGAACCUUUUAUCGACGAUGAUUUUCGAAUAA